CUUACUUUGUUGGGAAUGCUUCAGAGGAAGAGGUGAAGUGGAAAAACAUCUCUUCUCUGUUGUGAUGGCCGCUGCUGAUGGGAAAAUGAAUGUUACUGAGAUAAGCUGCCAAGUUUGUGGAGAUCAUGUUGGGAUUGGUGCAGAUGGUGAGCCCUUUGCUGCAUGCAAUGACUGUGGGUUUCCCCUCUGUAAACCUUGCUAUCAGUAUGAGAGAGAUGAGGGAAGCCAUUGUUGUCCCCAUUGCAAAGCUCCAUUUCAGUACCACCAUGAAGGGCUUCCAGUUGAUGAGGCUGGAGAGAAUGGGGAUCAUCACAACUUUUCAGUUGUGGCUGUGGAUGGCAAUGGGCAUGGAGAUCCCGGCAAUGAAAUCAGCGAGAAGGAGAAUGAUUCUGCUGCAAAUCCCAACAAUGGAGGCGUGGCUUGGAGGGAUAGGGUAGAGAGUUGGAAGUCCAAAAAGAACAAAAAGAAGGGACUCUUGCCCAGCAAAACAGCAAAGAAUGAAGUACCACUACCGGAGGGACAGGCCCAAAUUCCCCCAGAAAUGGACGAAACAAUGAUGGCAGAGGCCUUGCAACCCUUGUCCCAAAUCAUACCCCUUCCAAAGACAAAAAUCCAGCCCUAUAGAAUAGUGAUUAUCUUGCGUUUGAUCAUUCUGGGAUUCUUCUUCCACUACAGAGUAACCAACCCAGUUGACAGCUCAUAUGGGUUAUGGCUUACUUCUGUCAUCUGUGAAAUCUGGUUUGCAUUCUCCUGGAUUCUUGAUCAAUUCCCUAAAUGGGCUCCCAUCAACAGAGAGACCUAUCUUGACAGGCUCUCAUUGAGGUAUGAGAGACCAGGACAGCCUUGUGAGCUUUCGGCUGUGGACUUCUUCGUGAGUACAGUGGAUCCAUUGAAAGAGCCUCCUCUCAUUACUGCCAAUACUGUUCUGUCCAUUCUGGCUGUGGAUUAUCCUGUGGAAAAAGUUUCUUGCUAUGUGUCUGACGAUGGGGCUUCAAUGCUAACCUUCGAAACCAUGUCUGAGACAGCUGAAUUUGCGAGGAAUUGGGUGCCAUUCUGCAAGAAUUUUAACAUCGAGCCUCGAGCUCCUGAGUUUUAUUUCUCCCAAAAGAUUGAUUACUUGAAGGACAAGGUGCAGCCCAACUUUGUUAAGGAGCGAAGGGCAAUCAAAAGAGAAUAUGAAGAGUUCAAAGUACGGAUCAAUGCAAUGGUAGCCAAAGCUCAGAAGACACCAGACGACGGAUGGAUCAUGCAAGAUGGAACUCCUUGGCCUGGCAAUAACACUCGUGAUCAUCCUGGGAUGAUUCAAGUAUUCUUAGGACACACAGGGGCACAUGACUUGGAAGGAAACGAGCUUCCACGACUAGUCUAUGUUUCUCGUGAGAAACGCCCUGGCUACCAGCACCAUAAAAAGGCUGGUGCGAUGAAUGCAUUGGUUCGAGUAUCUGCAGUGCUUACAAACGCACCAUACAUUCUGAAUCUGGAUUGUGAUCACUAUGUCAAUAACAGCAAGGCCGUUCGUGAGGCUAUGUGCUUUAUGAUGGACCCUCUGGUUGGCAGGAAUGUGUGCUAUGUUCAAUUCCCACAAAGGUUUGAUGGUAUCGACAAGAGCGACAGAUAUGCUAAUCGAAACACAGUUUUCUUCGACAUAAACAUGAAGGGGUUAGAUGGCAUCCAAGGUCCAGUAUAUGUGGGUACAGGAUGUGUGUUUAACAGACAAGCCCUGUAUGGAUAUGGUCCUCCAUCUUCAGCUAAAUUAGCUGCAGCCAAGCCUAGCCGCAGUUGCUUUCCUUCCUUGUGCUGCUGCUUCUCAUGCUGUAAACGAAAGACCGUCGGUGUAGAUGACCAUAAGAAAUCUAAGCACGACGAUCUAAAUGCUGCAGUUUUCAAUCUAAAUGAAAUUGAGAGCUAUGAUGAGUAUGAGAGACAACUUCUAGUCUCCCAGAGAAGCUUUGAAAAAUCAUUUGGCCAAUCUACAGUGUUCAUUGCAUCAACACUAAUGGAGAAUGGCGGGGUUCCUGAGUCAACUAAUCCAGCUUCCGUUAUCAAAGAAGCCAUUCAUGUUAUCAGCUGCGGAUAUGAAGAGAAAACAGAAUGGGGAAAAGAGGUUGGGUGGAUCUAUGGAUCUGUGACAGAAGAUAUCUUAUCAGGCUUCAAGAUGCACUGUCGAGGGUGGCAGUCCAUAUACUGCAUGCCCACAAGGCCGGCAUUCAAGGGAUCUGCUCCCAUCAAUUUAUCAGAUCGAUUGCAUCAAGUCCUGCGUUGGGCCUUGGGUUCAGUUGAAAUCCUGUUUAGCAGACAUUGCCCACUGUGGUAUGGGUUUGGGGCAGGGCGUCUCAAGUGGCUAGAAAGGCUUGCCUACAUCAACACCAUCGUCUACCCACUCACCUCACUUCCCCUUGUUGCCUACUGUACCCUUCCUGCAAUUUGCCUUCUCACAGGAAAAUUCAUCAUCCCUACGCUAAGCAACAUUGCAGGCAUGUUUUUCAUGGCUCUUUUCCUCUCCAUCAUUGCCACGGGUGUCCUGGAACUGAGAUGGAGUGGAGUAAGCAUUGAGGAAUGGUGGAGGAACGAGCAGUUCUGGGUGAUAGGGGGUGUUUCUGCCCAUUUGUUUGCUGUGUUCCAAGGUCUGCUUAAGGUAUUAGCAGGCAUUGAUACCAACUUCACUGUGACUGCAAAGGGUUCAGAGGACGCUGAAUUUGGAGAACUCUAUAUUUUCAAAUGGACAACACUGCUCAUCCCUCCAACAACUCUGUUGGUAAUAAAUCUUGUGGGUGUUGUAGCAGGAUUCUCAGAUGCCCUCAACAAUGGGUAUCAGUCAUGGGGACCUCUGUUUGGAAAGCUCUUCUUUGCAAUGUGGGUGAUCUUCCAUUUAUACCCCUUCCUAAAAGGUCUCAUGGGCAAACAAAACAGGACUCCUACCAUUGUCAUAUUGUGGUCGAUACUGCUUGCCUCUGUUUUCUCUCUUUUGUGGGUCAGAAUUGAUCCAUUCUUGAGCAAAGCUCAGGCUCCUUCUCUUCAGAAGUGCAUGUCCAUUGAUUGUUGAUUCACGGCAUUAGGGAAUCCAAGCUUUUGAUUAUGUGUAUGUAAGAAUAUAGAAGAAGAAGAAGACAGUUUUAAUGUUCAUCAGGCUAAGGAUAGUCUAUAGCCUAAGAAUAUAUGUUGAUAGGUGGACAAAGUCGUAGGGAUGCAAUUUGUGUUCCUACUCGAAGACUAUUGUGGAUUAUUUGUUUCCGAGAGAAUCUUAUUUCCUAUUUCGCUUUCUAAAUAGCAAUUCAAUUGUAAUUAUUUUGGUCUA